AUGACGCCCGAGGAGAUGAACGGACUGCUCAUCUUCGGCACGCACGUCACAAAGAACGUCGCGGUGCUCAUCUUCAUUGCCAUCGUCUAUGGAAUCUGCCUCUGCAUAACCCCGGUUGCAUUCACUGCACUGUUGCGCAGAGAACGAACGAGACAGACGAUUUACCAGCUCGUCAUCGUGACCUUUCUGUUCUGCAUCAUGUCGUUGUACACGGCGUCGAUCGGGCAAUUGGUGAUCUGGCAGAUCAGUCAGACGCUCUCGCACCUGGAUGAAGGCCUAUCCGCACGGCUGAUGCACGUCGACAAUACGUCUGUUUGGAACUUUAUUCUGGAGACGUGGAUGCAGCCGAUACAGGUAUAUUUUUCCUGGCAGAUAUCGUUCGUCUACGCGAUCCUAGCGCUUGUCGACACUGUCAAUCUUUCUCCGGUAGAUUGGGCGCGCAGCUUCCUGGCGCUAUUCUGCCAAUUGCUUGCAAACCUGAAUCCCAUCCUCGUCAUCAUCAUCGUUCGCCUGCACCUUUCAGUCAUCGACAAGACGACCCUGCAUCUGACGACGAUGAGCGAAGCCCACUCUCAGGGUGCGAACACCGGCCACGAGAGCGAGGACGUAGAGCGCCAGGAUAAAGCCGCGCCUUGGCUUUCGGGUACGACGGGCGUGUCGGCAGCGCGCCGCGGAACAUCGAGCCUCUCCGAGGUUGCGAGCGCUCGAGACCGUGUCUCCGGAGAGAAGGAAGAUGUCGGGGAGAUCGCCGGUAGUGCGAGGGACAGCUUCAAUGAGACGCCGGAGGUCGAGGCGAAGAGAUGAUGAGCACGAGAGCAGCUUCUCCAGUUAUGCGGAUAAUGGUCCUUUAAACAGUGAUCGGAGUCGAAAUGGAUAAUAGACGAAGCUCCUGCUCUGUGCAGAUCUUGCAUGUCCUCCGC